CAGUUGCUGGAAGAAGUUUUCUUCUUGGCCCCUGAGUGGAAUUCGCUCGGGCCUCUCUGCUCCCCUCCUCCUCCUCCUCCACAAGCCACGGUGCUCUCGCUCACGUCACGUGGCACAGGGAAGGCUGGUCCUGAGUGGCGGAGAUGCUCGUGAGGAAGAGGAAACGAACAUGGUGCUCAGAACUUGCCUCUUUUCCAGAUAAAAAGCCUAUAGAUGAAGGGAAGAUAAAUUCUGGGGCAGCAGUGGAUGCUGCUUCAGUUUCAAAUGCAUGGCUUCGUUGUGGUGACGGAUUUCAGGCAGCUUCUUCCCUGGAGACUAAAGAAUUGUCAGAAAAAACAUCUAGAGUUAAAACAUGCUUUGCAUCAUUGCUCAGCUCAAUUGAAGGAAUCUCUCAGAGCGAGAGACUAAGUGAGUUAACUGAUAUAGUAUGGAGCUCCAGUGGAAGCGACUUCUCAGAUGAUGACGAUAAGACUUUGACUUCAAGGUUCCCUCAUCUGAAAGGGGAGAAGUAUAGAAAACAUGGCUUGAUCUCCAGGGAUGGAAGUAAUGAAGGUGAAUCACAAAACAUUGAUUGGGACAAUGAUAGCGAUCGUGAAGAUAAUGUUGACCAGCACAGUGAAUCAAAAACUGAUGGUACUUCUUUGGACAUAUCAGACACUGAUUCUUGUACAGACAGCAAUAUUAUGUCUGAUGAAGAGAAGGAACACGAACCUUCAAAGACAAUUUCUUUAGAAAUUUCAGAAUAUUCAUCAGACAGUGAAAAUCUGGAAAAAUGCCAAGCAGAAACUAAAGCUGCUGAUUUAGAAUUCCAUAAAAAGCCCAAGUUCAAUUUUGGAGCAGGGAUUGAAACAGAUACAGGAAGGUCAGCAAGUGACUGGUUAAAAUCUGCUCAGAUGCUUCUACAGACACCAGAGAAAAAGAGAGAAAAGAGCUUGAAGACUCCAGAAGAUUCUGCAAAGAAAAGAAAAUUUCUGAGGGGCGGGCUUGCAGAGAGACUGAACAGACUCCAGAACCGAAAGAGGGCCGCCAUUAGCUUUUGGAAGCAUCAGUGUAUCUCUGAUGAUCACAUCGGUGUUAAAUCUGGCGCACUAGCUGUGAAGAUUGAAGAAAUGCACGAAGAAUGCACUCUCUGCAUAACCGUCUGCCAUCAGUUGGGACAAAUUUGUGCUGGCAGUUCUUCCAUAGAAAAAAUUGCCGUCAUUGAGCCUAGGCUUAAAGUUCUUUUUGCAAAAGAAACAGCAGUUCACCUCAAGCUAGCUCUGCAGGAUGUCUUAUAUAUCCAUCCUCCUUGGCAAAAACUUCUUCUUCCAAAUGAUAGCAUUCCAGUUAUCAUGAAUACUUACUUCAGUCAGAAAGUUAUUAAAGAGCCAACAGAGAUGGAAAGGCAACAUCUUCAAGAACCAUUGCUUAUUAAAAGAAAGAUAUCUUUGGCUUGGGUAUUCAAUUUUUCCACCAUAAAAGACGAUUGGUCUCAAACACCUGCAGUUAACCAGGUCCCCUGUUUCAAUAUGAAGACUUUGAAGACUGUGCAUACCGAUAGCAACAAUGAGCCCAAAUUAUCUCCCUUUGCAGUUACUCCCUUAAGUGACUCUCUUCUUGAUAUUGUGGAGACACAAGGAAGAGCUGGAGGGAGAGGAAUCCAGGUCCAAGUGGUUGUUCAAAGGGUGUAUUAUUUGCCUGCUAAAGACGGUUUAAGGUGUCACCUUCAGAAAAACAACACUUCCAAGAACACUGCACCAUUGUUAAAUUCAGACCUGCCAAAUGUUAGGUUGUGCCUCCUCGUUCAGGAUGCCUAUGGAAUAUUCAGUGAGGUACAAUUUCAUGCCCUGUUUUCUUCAGAACAGAUAGAAGAAUGUAUUCAAAAAUGGGAAGGAAAAUACUGUCGUUUAUCAGGAAUUAAAAUUUUGCAGAGACUUACCAGAGGGAGAGUGCUGGGACUUUUUAGCCUAAUAGACAGUUUAUGGCCACCAUUAUUGCCUCUAAAAGUUCAUGGUCAAAGUCAAGAGAGUGAAAUGAUUGCUGCUAACCUGCCUGCUCCUAGUUUCUGCUACGUUCUUGCUGCUCAGCUGGACCAAAGACAAAUUGAUAUAGAUGACAGCGAAGAACUAAUUUCAGAUUUGUAUUUCCCCCCGGCUGUGCACAAUCUUGAGGAAAUUCUUCAGGUGGUUGGCUCACAUCAGUGUUGCAGCUUUUGGGCACAUGUUGUACAUCGAAGACUGCAGGUAACAGGCAACACUCCUUCAAGCCAAAGGCAAUUUUGGCUGUUUGUGACUACUUUCUCCCUGCAAAGUGGGGCUGGAACUCCAAAAACUCUGCCAGUUUCUAUUGCUUCAUCAUGUGUGAUCAGUGUAGAAGUAAUGGAGGCACUGAAAAGCACAUCCCCAUGUGCAGUUUUCUUCAAAGAUGCUCUAUGUGGAAAUGGUAGGAUUAUUUGCAUUGAACGUACCGUUCUCUUGUUACAAAGGCCCCUUUUGUAUAAGGCUGUUGGUGCUGACAUCACUGAACUGACUGGUCCUGUCAAACUAGAUGAGCUGGAUUCUGCAACCCAAGUCAAUUCCAUUUGUACUGUAAGAGGCACUGUUGCUGGUGUUAAUGAAAGAACUGCUUUCUCAUGGCCCACAUGUAACAGAUGUGGCAAUGGGAAAGUAGAGCAGCGUCCACAAGACAGAGGCUUGCUCUACUGCAACCAGUGUUGUGAUGCCAUAACUUCACCAGUUCUCAAGAUGCGCCUGGAAGUCUUUCUGCACUGCCAAUCAAGACCACUAUGCAUAGUAAAAGUAAAGCUGCUGCAAAAUACAAUUUCUUCACUCCUGGAGUCCUCCCCCUCUGAGAAUGGGAGUUAUGAAAUGAAGAGUGUGCUGGGAAAAGAGGUGGGGUUUUUAUAUUGUUAUGUUCAGUCUGUAACCAGCCACCCAACUAGCUAUGUUGGAUUGGAAGAAAUUGUUCUCCCAGAUGCAGGAAGAAACUAAAGGAAAUACCGUCUGCUACUCUGUCUAUGAACUUUGUAAUAUAGUUAUUUAUGGACUAUUCUUGUAUAUAAUGUGUACUGCAGACAUGAUAAAUACUGCAUUUUUAAAAGAGGUUACUCUGAAAAUAAACUGCUAAUUUUUUGAACGUGGACAUUGGGCAUGUGCCAGGCAAUAUUAAGCAUGUUCAUCUUCCCAUUGAUUUCCAUGAGAGAAGGUAAAUGGAUGUGCUUUUACAUCUGCCAUUGAAACCAGUGAAACUUGCAAAUGCUUAAUUGUGAUGGAACUUUUUCUACUGUGUAUGUUUUUCUGGUAAUCCAUAAGUAAUUUUUGGAGCACUGAAGUGAAAUGCAUUUUUCUAACAAUUGUCUUGAUUUGUAAGGUAUUUUUUAUAAUGGAUUUCACAAGCUAUCCUCCCCACCUCCCCCAAUAGAUGUAAAAAUCAAUUAUGCAUGUUUGAAGAGGUAUUUUAAAAUAAUUUCUUAUCUAUACGUUUUAACAUAAACUGUGGCUAUUACUCCAGUAACAUAUGUUCUAAUGAAGCUUUCCUGAAUGGUAUGCAUUGAAACAGUGUGUCUAAUAUUACAUGGAGUAAUGCUGAUCUCUAUUUGUUACAAAAAUUGAUUAAACAUUACAAAGAGUUAAAUAAGUC